CGAUACUUCACUAGAUUCAAAGCAUUCGAGUCAACGAACCUUCUAACAUGGCUUCAGUAGUAAAAACCCUGUCCCUUUGCCUGUGCCUCAUUGCAUUUGUUACACUGGAAAUCAAAGCCCAAACCACCGAUCGCACUUCGGAGUUUCAAGCCCUCUGUGAUAGAUACAGAACAGUGAUGAACGACUGUGAAGAAAAACUUCCCGGGCUAGUGACUGCUGAUGAGCAGGCUUUGAUGAAGUCAGCCGAUAAUAAUCAGGUGUGUUUGGAAGAGGAAGGUGAAACGAACUUUGCCGAUGCUUGUGAGAUCUUGGAGAGCGUUUGCAUCCGAGUUGUCUCGUGUCCUGCUUCAGCUCGUUUUAGGCGUUCUUCCUCUGUCUCUGCCUCUGCUGAAUCAUCCGUUGAGUCUAGUGAAACAGACUAAGAAAGCCAUCGCCAAAUAUCGUCUUUGAAGAAGAUUAGAGAUCAUUCUUCUUCACCUAGUAGUUAUACGAAGUUUAAUUUAUUGUUAUUCAUUUUUAUUUAAUUUUACGUAUUUAUAAUUAAACAAUAAUGUAGGCCUAUUAAUUCCGCCAUUUUGAGAUGAUUAGAUGCCUACAUAAUGUAAUGCCCUUAGGACUGCCCUCAUCAAAAUAGAUAUUAAAGUUUCAUAAUAGUGUUUUUAAUUUAAUUCAAGCUAAGCCUUCAUCAUCCGUGAUUGGUAUAUUAACACCUGUGUUGCUAUAGCCUUCUUUGUUUACUCUUUAGCUUGUAAAUAGACUGCAUUAUACUUAUACAUUCUAUUAUCAAUUAUUACUAUCUACAUUGUAUGUAUAUAUUGUAUUUACUAGUUGGUUACAUUGUUCACGUUAGUACUUUC